AUGGGCUCAAGGGUUCACCAUUUUACUAAAGAACAAACGCAAGAUAGUGACUUCUAUUGCUUGAGCGGGGAAUCAGUGAAAGUGCAAAUGAUGUAUAGGAAAUCGCGCUUCUAUCUCGCCUAUCUAGCAGAACUGGAUUGCAUGGCUAUAAAACUUCCAUUUCGACGGAGCGAUUCACCGGGUGAAUGGUCUAUGCUGAUUUUGUUGCUACACGAAACAGCUGGUUUGUCGAAACUUCUUUCCAAAUUACGAGCACCAGGACAGUUGGCGUCCGCAAUGGGAUGCAAGUUACACAAGGAGAAGGCUCACUUGUAUCCUCCAAAAUUCAAGGUUGCAGAUGUAUGA